AGCCUGCUGAGGAGUGGGGACGAAGAGCAGCCUAAACUUAGGGCUCGGGAUAUUUCGAUGCCACCCAAAUUGCCGUCCUACCCCAACGAGGCAGGGAAAGGAGCGGAGCGCGCGCGCGAGCUGAGUGAGUGCUUACGUCGCAGCGAGAUCUGUGCUGGGAUAAUUAGAGAGGAGUUGGGCUGAGCCGAGUCCUCUUUCAGCAGCAGCAACCGGAGCCGCCGCCGCAGCCCGGUGGGGCGCCCCUGACUCGGACCGCUCGGGAGAGCCCCAGGAGAGGCCAGCGCCGCGCAGCAGCCGCCCCGCUGCGCCCACCUCCCCGGCUGCUCCCGGAGGGCUCACAAAGGCGGUGGCCGCCCAAGUGGCCUUCUCCAUCCAGGCGUUCGCGUCCUCCUCCCCACCUUCUCUCCCGAAGGCGAAAAUGGCAGGGCCAGGCGAGAACCUGGGACAGCGGGGGCCCUAGCCCUGCGAUCCUCACCCCUCCUGCUGGGAGAGGCUGCGGGCUGCCCGCGGACGAUGUGGUCGCGGCUGCUCCCGAGCGCAUCUUCGGCCCGGGUCCCCGCCGCCACCCCUCUUCUCUGCUCCUUCCAUCCCGCCCAGAGGAGUUGAUGCCGCUGUCGCCGCCGCCGCCGCUGCUGAAGCCGCGGCUGAUGGAUGCCAGGGAGUGCCGCAUUGCUUAGCGACCCCGCCUCCGGGUUUGCUGAUGAUCUCUCUCCGCCCUGGAGCUCAGCGCUGAAGAGCUACCUUAUUAUUAAUCAGAAUUUCCAUCGCCACCCCUGGCAGGCGUAUCCUUCAGCAGGGACCGCAGGAACAUUCACAGUGCAGGGGCUGAGAUGUGCGUGGGGGUUGUUUUUGUUACAUCUUGGAAGAGAAGAGAAGAGGACAGUACCAAGAUCAGAACCACCCGUGCUAGGUGGAAUUAGGGGUGAUUUGUUAGGAAAGAGAAAGGACAAGAAGAGGAGUGCGGAGCCCUUCAGGGGUUCACAUCUCUUUAAAGGAAAGGAAAGAGGGAGCCAAAGUAGGGUGUUGUAUUUUAGGGGACGGAGGAAGAAGUUUACACCCCCAGCUCCCCAGCUUUGCUGGGGGAAAGCAGGAGCAACAGGGCACUUGAUUGGACACCAAGAUUAUUAAUUUCCUGUAGGGGAGAGGAAGCAGGCAGCAGGAGGUCUGGGGGCUGGAGUCUGGUGGUGGCAAGGACCAGGUUUGCUCUAGGACAGUCAACAAGGUCUUCUGAGGGAAAGCUCGGAGACAGGCAGAACAAUGACUCAUUUGCAAGCCGGUCUCUCCCCUGAGACCCUGGAGAAAGCUCGCCUGGAGCUCAAUGAAAACCCAGACACGCUGCACCAGGACAUCCAGGAGGUGAGGGAUAUGGUCAUCACCAGGCCGGACAUUGGCUUUCUGCGCACGGAUGAUGCCUUCAUCUUACGCUUCUUGCGGGCUAGGAAGUUUCAUCACUUUGAGGCCUUCCGCCUCCUGGCGCAGUACUUUGAGUACCGGCAGCAGAACCUGGACAUGUUCAAAAGCUUUAAGGCCACCGACCCUGGCAUCAAGCAGGCACUGAAGGAUGGCUUCCCUGGGGGCCUGGCCAAUCUGGACCACUAUGGCAGGAAGAUUCUAGUCCUUUUUGCUGCCAAUUGGGAUCAGAGCAGGUACACACUGGUGGAUAUUUUGCGUGCCAUCUUACUUUCUUUAGAAGCCAUGAUUGAAGAUCCUGAGCUUCAAGUGAAUGGGUUUGUUUUGAUCAUAGACUGGAGUAACUUCACUUUCAAGCAAGCCUCUAAACUCACACCAAGUAUGCUGCGAUUAGCUAUUGAAGGCCUGCAGGAUAGUUUCCCAGCGCGAUUUGGAGGAAUUCAUUUUGUUAAUCAACCAUGGUAUAUCCAUGCCCUGUACACCGUGAUCCGGCCUUUCCUGAAGGAGAAAACUCGGAAAAGGAUAUUUUUGCAUGGUAACAACCUGAACAGUCUACACCAACUAAUUCAUCCUGAGAUCCUGCCCUCUGAGUUUGGAGGAAUGCUGCCUCCUUAUGACAUGGGGACAUGGGCAAGAACACUGCUAGACCAUGAAUAUGACGAUGACAGCGAGUACAAUGUAGACUCCUACAGCAUGCCUGUGAAGGAAGUAGAGAAGGAACUCUCCCCAAAGUCCAUGAAGAGAUCUCAAUCAGUAGUGGAUCCUACAGUACUAAAACGCAUGGAUAAAAAUGAGGAAGAAAACAUGCAACCAUUGCUUUCUCUGGACUAAUAACUUCUCUACAUCCCCUUCAUGGAUUAGAAACGGAAAGUAUUGGUUUUCAGCAACAGGGACAACACUGUAGAGGAAUUACCAGCUGGAAACCGACUUAUUCAUGUUAAUGUAGCAUAAUAUAUAACAAGGCAUCGGGCUUUCCUUGGCCUGAACCAUGGGGGCCCUGGGCUGGAUUUUUAAAAUGUCAAUAAUUUAUUCUGUAAGUGCCAAGUUCUUUGUAAACAUAAUGUAAUCUUCAUGUCAAGUUUGUAAAUUUCAGUAGUAACUCAGUUUGGAAAAAGUUGGCUCAAAAGUCCAUGCCAGUGAUAUGAACUAUAACAAAAAGCAGAAAAGACACAGUCAAAGCUAAUUAAAUGUAGCCCUCUUUCCUAUGAAGCCAUAUUUCAGCUCUCAUAGUGAUUGUUUCAUUGUUUUUCUCUGAAACUCUGUCAGUAUUCAAACAUACUCUUAACGGGCACACACAACUAAAUGAUUCCAGGAAAUUUUAUGAUUAAUGUAUUUCCUGUUUAGUGAUUUUCAUUUCAGAGAAAUGUGUCUUAGUAACUAUCGUUGGCCUUGCAUUUUGGAGGCAAGGAAUGGCAGAUGAGCUGGUAAACUGAACACUUGAACUCUUCUAUGUUGUUUAAUUCUCGGAAUCUUGUGAAAAGAUGUGUUUCCUCAAUUAAGACGUAGAAAUGUAAAAAAGAGUGGAUUCUUUUUAAAUUGCUGUCUUCACAAUGUGCCCUUUAUUCAAGACCCCAUUAUAUUUCUUCCUAAUGUACUCUAAGUACAUUUCCCCUCCAAAACUCUUUGACUAAGAGAAUGAGAACUCAUGUGAACAGUGUUUUGACAGCUAAUUUUGAACAUAAAAUUUUCCACUUACAGAUGAGGGGCUAAUUUCUAAUUGUGCACUGGUUAAAAAGUAUAUAUAUAUAUACAUUCACACAUAUAUAUUUUUACUGAGCUCUAAUAAAUCCUUAAUGUGACAGGCUUAUAAAAUAAAUCAUAGAUAUUCAAUGAUCUUAUAGAUAAUUACAUGAGAUAACUCUGGAAAACUACUUCCACUGAAGUUAAUGAAAAUGAGAAAUAGUGAGACUGACUUUCAGUGUUCCUAUUUAAAGGAAUUCCAAGUUAAUUUAUAAUGCAAUCUUAAAUAUGUGCCAUCUUAUUUGAACUAUAUUUUUCCUUCAAAGAAGCAAUAGGUCUCAACAUAGUGUAGGUAGCAUCAGGUGACAGAAAGCCAAUUUUAUUUUCAAAUUUAAGUUAAUUAUCUUCGUGAUCCUAUUUAUCCACAAUUUCUUUCAGAAAAGACUGAAAAAACACAUUAUAUUCAGGAGAUAUAAUGAAAUUAUUGGAAGGCAUCUACGACAACAUGUAAUCAUUUAUACGUGGAUUUAGAAAUUUGCAUAUUUAACAUUUUAUUUCAUAAAAUUUAUACAAUUACAGCAAAUCUUAAUUUUUUAAUUUUAAAUUUCAAUGUGAAAAAAUGAUUUUUAUCACCCAUAAUAAAUUUUGAGAUUGAGAGUUUACCAUUAAAGUAUUCUUUUGGAAGAAAAAUAUCUCAGAAACUCUUGGAAACCAACAAAAAUAAAGGCAUGUGUCAGCCUUCACAUUUUUUGGCCAAAAGCUCCCAAAAUUUGUUAUAAUUCUGCAGCCAAAAAUUGUAAAAGCAAGCUGAAUACACCAAUGUACAGUGUAUCAAUGGACUGCCUCGUGUGUGUAAAAAUACAUUAAUUAACACAAAUGAAAGAUACCUUAAUAAUGCCAACCUCCAGUCAAGUGCAGAAGAAUAAUGACUGUCAGGCACUCUGUUCUCCUUGUGACUUUUACAGAGAUUGGAAUGCACUGGGGACAACAUGUCUCAGCAGUUCUUACCUUUAUAAGAAUUCUAACCAUUGAUAUUCUUACAUUCUUGCCUACCUGACAUACAUUUUGUAGCCAUGGGCUUUUUAGACUAUAUAAAUCUUAGGCAGUAUAAUCCAUUGGAAUAAAAUAGAAACAUUGUUAAGUGCAGAGGGCAGUCAACUUUUCAUUCUCAUGAGUUUCUCUUGAUGUGUACCAUUUAUUGCCAGUUUUCAGAAUUCUGCCAGUUUCAGAUGUCAACCAGCAUUGGCAGCUUCUUUCCCCUAUCGUAAAGUUAGUGUCAUAUAUAAAAAUAACUAGAAAGGCAUAUUUUAUAUGUAUGCCUAUCUAAUUAUAAGUAUCAUUCACACUGUCUCCCAGACCCACAUUUGGAAAGUUUGCAUUGCAUUACUGCUCAUCUUUAGAUGAGCAAUUGAGAGUUGGCUAGAUUGUGUAAAAUAUUUUAAAAUGAAUGAACAAAUUACAAUGAUGAUGCCUUUUGAAAUUACCAUAUCUAGUUCACUCUGUGAAUAAACUCAUUUUCUAGUAAUGUUUGUGAACCUUAGUCAAGGGAUAUUCAUUCAACUUUAUAAAUUUACCCCUCAGCACCAGCUAUCUAGCACUGUUUAGGAAUUUUUCCCUUCAUGAUAUUCUGUGUCACAUCCUAUGUCUAUGUAUAACCUAUACACUAUAGUUGUAUGCCUAUAAGCACUCCUAUACUCUUGUAUUUUAAUUGCAAUAGUAUACCUCCACUCUCUCUCUUUCUCUCUCAUACACACACACACACACACACACACUCUUACACACACACUAACACACUAGACUGUUUGCCCUAAUGAAUUUUCCUCUGUACUUCGAGAGUUAUUUUAGUUGUCUUGUCACUUGAAAUUUGUGGGCUUCAAAGAAUUUUCGCAUUUGACUUGGAAUGGUCCAGUAGUCCAUUUACUUCUUUCACCCUGCCUGUUCCAUCUUCUAUUUCUGAUAUUUUUUCUUUCUUCCAGUUAUUUCAGGGGCAGGUGAUUCCAAAGCUGGUUUAAAAAUAAAUAACUUCUCAUGUUGUCAGUGAUGUUUGCCUGCAUUUUUGACUACUAUUUAAGAAGGAAGAGAUUAUCAUGAAAAUAUACUCUAAGAAAUAUGAAGAAGUGCCUCUUUGAAAAUGGAAUAAAGCAACGAUACUGGCAUAUGGAUUUCAUUUGUACUCUCUUCCAAAAAGUAAAUACGUAAAUCUAUAUUAUAUAGGUGAAAUAUAGAUAUCACUUGAAGAAGGAUAUUUAAGGCCUUUAUUUGAGCAUACUCAUACAGUAUUAAGUCUCUGUUGUGUAAGUUAAAUACAGUAACUUUAGUACAUGUUAAUGAUAAACGUGGCACUAGGCUAAAACGAUAUACAAGUAUUAAACAGAGUUUUGCAAGCAAGUUUUUGAAGUGGGCAUGCAUGAAUUCUUUCAUUUCAGUAAUGGUUUGCGUAAGUGUAGACAGAGAUAUUUCCUAAGUUUUUUCAUAUAGAAUACUUAUUUACUUUAUAGUACCAAAAAUUCAUACAUUCAUAAGCAGGAAAGCCAAAAAUUCAUACAUUAAUACUUAGCUUUUUUAAUACUGUUAACUAGGUCAUAUUGUUAAACACGUGAAGCGUCUGUAAUAUUCCUGAGGGAACAGAAGUCCCUCUAUUGCAUCAAGAAAUUGGAGAGUUGUUUUAGACAUUGGGGAAUAUGUUUAUGACUCUUCACAUAAAGAAACCUUCAGAGCCAUGGAGUAUGUCUUCAGGGACAGGGAUCAUUUGCUUCUACAAUGUAAAGGUUAAUGGACAUGUCUGUGGUCCUUUAAAGAAGUUACAUUAAGAAAGCUUGCUGAGAGGCUGUACACUCUUCUGUUGUUUUAUUUAAAGGUCUGCCUUGUGUGGUUGGUGAAUAAUAUCUCAGCUUCUUUUUUGUGUAUAUUUAUUAAUGAUUACAUGAAAAGUUGCCAUCAGCCAUGAGGACACUUCAAAAAAUUUUCAACACACAAAAUAAAAUGAGCUGAGCUCUAGCAUGAUAUUUGAACUUUCAGAUAUGGUAUAUGUACAUUUUUUACAACAAUAAGCUCAUAGGCAUAUAUUCCAUUUUAGAUCUGCUAUAUAAAUACAUAGCCUGAAACAUAGUAAUGCAUUCGAAAUUUGUGAGGUCACUGAUCAUACAAGAAGAGGCAGAUUAUAAACCAAUAUAUUGGAACAAAAGAAGAUUGGUUAAAUAUGCAAGGUGUGUAAUUAUCUUCUGUAAUGAAAAGGAUUUGUUUUCUUGUUUUUGGUCUUUGGUUUUAGUUGAAAAAAAUAGCUUCCCAUAUGCUACUGGAACUAUUUGACAUUAUUUACUACAUGAAAAAGGGCAAAUAAGUAAAAAUAUAAAAGAAGCUUGGCUUUGUAACAUUAUUAUAUUAUGAUCUCAAUGGCUUAGAGAAUAUAAUCUUUUUUAAGAAUUAAAGAUUUUAUUUUAUAAAUAUUUGGAGGUUAACAUCGGACAUGAAAAUAGUGCUGUGGAUUCUAUUAUGUACUAACUAUGGGAAUGAAUUCCCCGGUACCAUAGGAAAAAAUAUAAAAUAACAACUUUGUGGAUUGAAACACUCAAAUUAGCCUUUUUUUCAAGGAAGCAGGUGUACAAAUGAUGCUAUUGAAAUAAAAAAAUGUAGAAAUCACUUAAUUAUAGGAGUUAAAUAUAAUCAAUGCACUCAUGGUAAAUAGUGGAAAUUGUUAAAAUUUCGAAGAGUUUUGUCAUUAUUUGACUUAGAUUUAAGUCUCAGUGCAAAUAUGUCUGUCCUUGAUAUAGGUGCAUUUGUUCUGUAAGACUUAUUUUACCUGGUGAACGAGAUGGACUUAGGUGAAAAUAAAUUUUAACCACAGUUUUAAGGGUCACCCAAUCCUCAACUACUUUAAAAAAUUGCAAUGAAUUUUAAUUCAUUUACUUUUAACAGAGAUACAAAGCACUGUCUUGUUUCUAAUCCAGUUUUUCAAUUUUUCAGAUUUUAUAUUUGCUUAAACAAUAAAUAAAACUCAGAAAACCAAAUAGUUUUUGUUUUCAAAGCUAUCCAGGAAAAAUAAAAGAUGUCUAACAGGAAAUCAUACAAGUCCUUGAAGCAUACUGAGUAUAUUAUUUGCUAUUUUACUCAAAUGUUAUUAAUUUUUACUACUACAUACUACUUAUUUAGUACUACACGGUAUUUACUAUUUGGCCUUUUGAAGGAGUUAUAAAUUCCAAAACACUAUAAUAUAAUUUUUGGACAAGUAUACAUUUCUGUUUGAAAGAAAUGUAUGCUUUUAUUUUGUAUAUUUUAUAUUUUAAAUGUAUACAUUGAUUUGCACAUUGUUAAUGUUAAAUUUGGUAGUCCUGGAUCUGCUGCAUCUAUAAAAUGGAGAUUUCUUUAAAAAAUCGUCUAAAAAUUAGCAAUAUUAUUAUUUUGAGAGAAAUUGUGCUUAGCUAUUUAAGUUAAGAUUCCUCAAGUUUGUGAUAUUUGUAUGUGUGGGGAUCAAAGAGGAAAAUAUAUAGUAAUUUGUUUCAUCAAAAUGACAUAUUCAAUAUUCUAUAACUUCUAGUCAAACUUUCAAAUGAAAGUUGAAAGAAGUAAACUAAUGUUUUAAUUACAUAUAGCAAAGGAAUGAUCAGUAAAUAAAAUAACUAGGGUUUUCACAUUUGCAAUACAAUGACUGGAUUAGGCAAGAGAUUAAAUUUAGAAAUUUGAAUUACAGAAAAGCAUUGGUUUAAAUAAAUCCUCAAAAAAGUAAUCCCAGGUCAAAAUAUGAUGUGAAAUUAAAAAAAAAUUCAGCCUGAUUUGAGAAAGAAUGCUUACUCAAUAAAUAUAUAUUUGUGUCUUCUGUGAGUUUCCCUCAUUUAUCCUAUCUGUGGAUGAAAAGUCAUCUAAUAAGGUAUAAGAGACUCAAUUACAUUUACCUAGAACCAUCUACAAGUAGACUUCAUGAAUUUCUUUGGCUCAAACUCAGAGGAUUUCCUUUACACAAGAUUCUUGAGGUUAUCAAGAAUCGUUAUUGCUGCUCCCUCCUAAAGGCAGGCCAGGAGAAGCCACAUUUACAGCAGUAGUAUCCUCAGUGGGAAUGAACCAGAAAACAAAGAAAAAGCCAGAGAUAUUGUCUCCACUCUCGUUACAAAAAAGUGCGUUCCUUCUUCAGGAGGAUCGAGUAGAAAAUAUUUUUAAUUAUAAGCAGAAAGCUAUUUCAAAAUGUCAGGGGUUUCUAACAUCAACAGUUAAAUACUUGACAAGUAAAGAGGCCAUGGGGAAGUGAUGGUCAAAUCUCUGUUGUGAAGCAAGUUUCCACACAGAAACAUCGUCAAAAACACGUACCUCUGAGCAUCACUUCUUUCUCUAAAAAUAAAAAUAAAUAUGCUGUUUUCCUCCCUUUUUUCUAAUUGGCAUCAUAAAAGUAUAAGAAGCCACAAAUGCAUUGUUGCCACUUAAGAAAAAAAUCCUGUAUUAUACAUAUAUGAGCAUAAUUCACUUAGUUGCAUAUGAUUGAAAUAUUUGCAUGCUGGUUUAUAAAUUAUUACCUAGAAGUUUUACGAAAUAUAAUUAUAAAGUUUUAGUGCUAGAAAAAUUGUUGUUUUUUGUGUCUUGUAUUCAUAGGGAAGACUGGUAAUAUCCCUUACUCCUCAUUCAUAUAGCUAACAAUUUUAAUUGGAUGGCUAAUGGAUAUGGCGGAUUUAACAUUUACAAAACCAAACUACUUUCACUCUGACCCUGCUUCCCCUUUAGCCUUGUCAUCUCACUAUGUGUCGAGCCCAAUCUUCCAGUUUCUAGGAAUAAAAAUUUUGGAGUCAUCCUCUCUUUCCUUCCUCUUUUUCUUUCAAAACUACAUCCCAUCAGCUAGCGCAUGCUGUUGGGUCUUCAAAAUAUAUCCACACUCUAACCACUUCUCCAAUCUUCUUCAUCACUGUAUUGGACCAAGUCUUCAACAUUGUCCAUCUGGAAUAUUUUAAUAAUCUAAAAACUAGUCUCCUUGCUUCCAGAGUCAGUUUUCAACACAUUAGCAAGAGUGAGUCUCUUAAAAUGUAACUCAGACCAUUUUGUUCUCAAAACCCUCUGAAAGAGUAAAAGCCGAUGUCUUUAUAUCGGUGUAUGAGAAGUCUUGAUAUGAAGGCAGUAAGCACCAGUACAGCAACAUACCAUGGUUUUCGAUUGGGCUGGCAUUUUUGCUGGUACUAUGCAAAAAUAGUUGUUAAAUACUUUAAUUUCUUGCUUCUGAAGUUCUCUACCCCGUUCUUGCCUUUUCUUAGAUCAUCUCUUAAGAAUCUCUCCUUUAUUUACUGCUGCCAAAGUGUCAUCUUUGCUGUUCCAGGAACUUGCUAAGCAUGCCUCUACCUCGGGACUUUCACAUUUCUGUUCCCUUUGCCUCUAAUUUCAGAUAUCCACGUGGUUUAUUCCCUCAUCUUCUUCAGGUAUUUGCUUAAAUGUCAUCUUCUUUGUGAGGACUCUCUUUCCCAAUUUUAGAUGAAACAGCCCUGUGGUUCUUCAUAUUCUCCUUUCCUGCUGUAUUUCCUCUCCAUAGCAUUCAUCACCUGAUACACCAUACAGAUUAUUUAUUUACUUUGCAUUUUCCCCCAAUAGCAAUGUGAACUCUACAAGGGCAGGAAUUUUUGUCUGUUUACUACUCCAUUACUGGUGCCUUGUACAGUUCCUGGAACUUAACAAAUCCAAAAGGAUUUCAUGAGGAUCCUAAUUUGUUUCAGUAAGUUAUGUAACAGUCAAUAGUAUGAAUUGAAAGAGUUUCUUGUUGUCUUAAUUUAAAAAAUUUUGUUAUUUAUCUUUAAAGGGGAAAUUUUACCCUCUCAUGAUGAUAGAAUCAUGAAUCAAAAAUGAUAUCCUCUUCUCCCCAAUUGUGGUCUCUAUCCCUGAGCCUAAGUUUUACAUUAGUGUUUCAGUUUUGUCUUUAGAAGUUACUCAACGAUUACUGGACCCUAUAUCUAUCCACACGGCUUACUCUUGGAGAGACUACAAGAUAGCUCAGGGGAAAAGUCAUUUUGAGAUUAAAACUAUAUGGAAUUGUUCUUUAUGGAUUAUCAUAGUUAAUUUCAAUUUUUAAAAAUAUGCAGGAAGUUAAAAGACUAUAAUUCCAGUAUUGGAAGCCAGUUUAAGAGAAUAUGACUACGCAGUUACUUUUAAUGGAAAGGCGAAGAAGAGGAAGAAAAAGGAAAGACAUUGUGUUCAUACCUUCUCUGCAACAAUUAUAAAAUGAAUGAGGAAGUAUUUUGGUGUUUCUAAGGUCUUUCCAUGAUCUUGAAAUCUAUAUAUUAUAGUCAUUUAGUCUGUGAACCAUUUUAACAAUUGGGUUUCAUGUUACAUAUCUUUAAAUUUUUAUGUUGAAAAUUUAUAGCUGUGACACAAGAUGAUAGAAAUUGCUCAUGCUCACAUAUAUUCCAACUGGCUUUUCAGCUUGCUCCCUUCUCUUUUAAUUUCAGCUAUCAUUUUUAGAGCCUUACAGUCACAAUUGUUCUUAACUAUCCCAAAUUUUUAUUUCCUAUUUGGACUGACUUCUCCAUAAUUUUAGUAACUAAAUGACCUAGAUAUUGGUUCUUGGUGUGAUAGGUUUCUGAUUUGUAUCCUUUGCAGUUUAACUUUUAAUCCUUGCCAAACAUAUGUUAUUCCUUUUCUUCAGCUACAUUGUUGUGCCUUUCCCAACACUGUAAUAAUUUAAGCCUCCUGUUUUAUAAUCUUCUAUCAGAACCUAUAUUAAGAAGACACUGAAUUUAAAGAAUCAGCAGGUGGGCCGGGCGCGGUGGCUCACGCCUGUAAUCCCAGCACUUUGGGAGGCCGAGGCGGGCGGAUCACGAGGUCAGGAGAUCGAGACCAUCCUGGCUAACACGGUGAAACCCCGUCUCUACUAAAAAUACAAAAAAUUAGCCGGGCGUGGUAGUGGGCGCCUGUAGUCCCAGCUACUCGGGAGGCUGAGGCAGGAGAAUGGCGUGAACCCGGGAGGUGGAGCUUGCAGUGAGCCGAGAUCGCGCCACUGCACUCCAGCCUGGGCGACAAAGCAAGACUCCGUCUCAAAAAAAAAAAAAAAAAAAAAAAAAAAAGAAUCAGCAGGUGAUGUUGAAGAAGAAAUAUAACCUGAAGAAUAAGAAUAGAUGUUUGAAACUGUUUCAGAAGUUAACCAGUCUUUUAGCGGCUUUGUAAUGGGUAGGGGUUUUAUUCCUCUUUGUGUGCUAUGCAGGACAUUGUUAACCAAUAUAGCUUAUGUUUCUUGUCAGUUACACAAGGGUAGGUAAUCAGGGUUAACAGUUCGGAAAACAUUCUCUAGAGAAGAGACUAAUGAUUCUUGCUCACAAACAAGGCAGAAUUUCCUUAUGUUUCUUAAUAUUUGAUCCUUGAUAGUCUGUACAGUGGAAACCAUUUCCCUCUGUGACAUCCUUUUUUGCCAACCUAUAUGAAUGUGUUUAGCGUCACUUCAGAUAUAGAGUUCAAGCUCAAGUAUACACAGCACAUGAAAGAUCCUAUAGUUCAUGUUCUCUUAGGUUGAAUUUUCUUUUCAUAAUUUUUUAUGAUUGAAUUCUAAGGGUACGUUCCUUGGUAAAUUGUGUUAAUUAUGUCCACUUUAUAAUGAAUUUAACAAUUUUACAAAGCAGAUCAUUGUUUAUUAUAUUCUGAAAACCAUUAUAUUAAUAUUUUAUUUCUUUUUUUGCAGAGAAACUAUUGUCUUUUUUGAUUUCUGAGGAUGAAUGAAGUACUGUUAAAUAAAAUGUCACUAAAUGAAA